AUGGAAACGGAUAAGGACUGCAUCUCACCUGUGGCCAAUCGCUACGGUGAUCCGGCGGGGCAGCUGGCAGGCAGGCUGCGUGGUAAUGGCGUGCGCAGGCGCGGCAGCGGAGCCGGGCAGCGCCGCGGGCGCACGCCGCACACGACACGCAGCGCGCGCACGUCAGCCGCCGCCCCGCCGCCUCCUCCGCGCACCCAACUGUGGGACACACUCGCAACACGAGGUACAACCAGCAUCUGUAUGCAGAAAUAA